UCUCCUGCCUCAGGGGGAGCCGUCUUCGCAGCGUCCAGGUCUCCGCGGUCCCGCAGAGGGCGGGGCCGGGCUGGGAGCCGGCGGGGAGCGGAGGCCGAGCCCCUGCAGGUGAUUCCUGGAGCUGCAAGAUAAGGUCUCUUAUGACUUCCGUCUUCCAACUUUCCCUGCUCUGGCUUCAUAGUUUCUAUACUUUCCAAAGAACAGCAGAAAAUGAACAAGUUCCAGGGACCAGUGACACUAAAGGAUGUUAUUGUGGAAUUCACCAAGGAGGAAUGGAAGUUACUGACUCCUGCUCAGAGGACCCUGUACAAGGAUGUGAUGCGGGAAAACUAUAGUCACCUGGUCUCAGUGGGUUAUCAUGUGAAUAAGCCAAAUGGAGUUUUCAAGUUGAAGCAAGGAAAAGAGCCAUGGAUAUUGGAAGUAGAAUUUCCACGUCGGAGCUUCCCUGAAGACCUAUGGAAUAUUCAUGACCUAGGAGCAAGAAACCAGGAAAGCCAAGCUGGAAAUUCAAGGAAUGGAAAACUCAAAAAACAUCAGAAAACUCAUACCGGAGAGAAAGCCUAUGAAUGUAAGGAAUGUGGAAAGUUCUUCUGCCAGAAGACUGCCCUCAUAGUACAUCAGCAUAUUCAUUCAAAGAACAAAUCCUAUGACUGUGAUAAAUGUGGGAAAUCAUUCUCUAAAAAUGAAGAACUCACAAUACAUCAGAAAACUCACACCAGAGAGAAAACCUAUGAGUGUAAAGAAUGUAAAAAAAUUUUCUACCACCUGUCAUCUCUUAGUAGACAUCUGAGAACCCAUGCAGGGGAGAAACCCUAUGAAUGUAAUCAGUGUGAGAAAUCCUUCUACCAGAAGCCACAUCUCGUUGAACAUCAGAAAACACACACGGGAGAGAAACCUUUUGAAUGCACUGAAUGUGGGAAGUUCUUCUAUGUGAAGGCUUACCUCAUGGUACAUCAGAAAACACACACAGGGGAGAAACCCUAUGAGUGUAAGGAAUGUGGGAAAGCCUUUUCCCAGAAGUCACACCUCACAGUACAUCAGAGAACACACACAGGGGAGAAACCCUAUAAAUGUAAGGAAUGUGGGAAAUUAUUUUCUAGAAAUUCACAUCUCAAAACCCAUCAGAGAACUCACACAGGAGAGAAACCCUAUGAAUGUAAGGAAUGUGGAAAAUGCUUCUACCAGAAGUCAGCCCUCACAGUACAUCAGCGAACUCACACAGGGGAGAAACCCUUUGAAUGUAAUAAAUGUGGGAAAAACUUUUACUAUAAAUCAGACCUCACUAAACAUCAGAGAAAACACACAGGGGAGAAGCCCUAUGAAUGUACAGAAUGUGGUAAAUCUUUCUCUGUGAAUUCAGUCCUCAGAUUACAUCAAAGGACCCACACAGGAGAGAAACCCUAUGAGUGUAAGGAAUGUGGGAAGUCCUUUUCUCAGAAGUCACAUUUUAUCAUACAUCAGAGAAAACAUACAGGGGAGAAACCCUAUGGGUGUAAGGAAUGUGGGGAAACCUUUAUCCAGAAGUCACAACUCACUGCACAUCAGAAGAUACACACAAAGAAGGGAAAAGCUGACAAGUAGUAUGAGUUGAAAAAUCCUGUCAGAAUUCAUCCUUUAGAAUAAUAAGAUGAUUCACAUGAGGGCAACCUUAUGAAUAUCAAUAGGGAGUGAUAUUCAUAAUGUUCAUUCAUAAUGAUAUUGAGGUGUGAAUUCCUAGAGAUAUCAUCAAAAUGGUAAAAUCUUUAGCCACAAUCUUUCCUUGCAGUAUAUCAACAAAUACAUAAAAAUUCUGUAAACUUAUUAGGGAGAAAUUUUUACCAUAUGGUAGACUUUACUAAAUAUCAGACAGCAUAAGUGGCAGAAAUCAUACAACUUGUAAAACAUGAGAGGAACCUUUCUGUUAAAAGUCAUAUUUUGUUUUAUAACAGAAAUAACACAGAGAAAUCCUGUAAGUGAAAUAAGUGUCAAGAAGUUUUCUGUCAGGGCAGCCAGCAUUAGACAUGGAAAAUGUCACAUGAGUGAGAAACUCCUUUGAGGAUCCUGAGUAUUCAAAAAUCUCUUACACAAGUGGGGCUUUUAUAUCAGAGAAUUCAACAGGGAUUACUACAAAGAUCCUGACAGAUGUAGAAGCCUUUAUCAAGAAUUGAUAUUUCAUUGACUGUCAGAUCAAUGGUACUUGGAUAGAUACUUUAAAUAUUUGAAAGAUUUUUAACAAAAAUUCAAAGAAUUUGAACAAGAGAAAUAAUUAUACUAGAAGUCCUAUUGCAGAUCUGAUUUUAAGGUUUUUUUUUUUUGUCUUUAAAGGAAACCUUUAAAUGUCGACAUAUAUGAAGCUUUUAAAAAGCACAAAUAAAUUAAAAAAUCAGCCAAGUCCUUUAGUAUGCAGGACUUUGUAAGCGUGCUACAAAACAUAUCUUGUGCGUGUUUGGCCUGUAUGUGGAACCCAUCCAUAAUUGUACAUAGGGAAAUAUAUAACCUUAGUUCAAUAACUAUUAUGUGUAUGAAGAUGUCUCACAUUAAGUCUCAGUAGUGACUCUUGUUAAUAUAUAUUGUAAGUGUAAUAUUUUUAAAUUAUAAUGUAUCUUUUUAUCCUACUUGUAAAUGGGAUGUAGACAUUGUUACUAAACUAACACUUCAAAAAGAAGCUAAAAUGUUUUUGUAAAAUUUUCAACUGUCUCGUGGUCAGCCAAAUUUUGCCUUUAUUUAUAGCAAAAGCCUGAGCUGUUUUUCAAGCAGCUGAAAACAGUAAUAUUUAUUACAGUCUACACAAUGAAAUAUAAUAGUGCUAUGUAAGAAAUAUUAUUUAUCAUACUGUUGAUGUUUUAGCAGGGUGCAGAGCUAUCUGUGUUUGUAUUUUGUCUGGGAGUCCUAAAUGUUCUUCACUACCUUGUCCUUCCCAGUAGAAGCAACAUGGCAUAGUUGAGGGUGUGAACUCUGGACUCCUGCUGCCCAGGCCCAGCAGAUUCCAGCAUGAGGCAUGCCGCUGCACCUCUCUGUACCUCAGUUCUUUUUCUGUAAGAGUAGUGAUAGUAACAACUCCUUAGGAUUGCUUUGAGAUCCGAAUGAAUUAAUAUUUUUAAAGCACUUAGAACAGUGUCUGAGACACAA